UCUUGAUAAUUGUAUAACUCCUUCUGGGAAGCGACUUUUGAGGAGUUGGUUUUGUCACCCAUUGAAGGACGUUGAGGAAAUCAAUAAUAGACUUAAUGUGGUCGAGGCCUUAAUUACGCGUUCAGAAAUCAUGUUAAUUGUGGCACAAUAUCUGCGCAAGAUUCCAGACUUAGAAAGGUUGCUUGCCAAGGUUAAAGCUAUGGUUCAUUCGCAAGCUAUACUCACGAUGCCGCUGGUAGGAAAGAAAACAUUGAAACAAAGGGUGAAAGUAUUUGGAUCGAUUGUAAAAGGUUUUCGAAUUGGGAUGAACUUACUUAUUUUGCUACACAAUGACGAGCAUCUCAUGUCGUUGUUAUCAAAAGUCCUGGACAUCCCGCAGCUUAGUGAGCAUAAUUCCCUUAGUGAGUUUCUUAGCCAGUUUGAAGCGGCUAUUGACAGUGACUUCCCCAAAUAUCAGGUCAGCUUCUUUUAGAUUGCUGCAUAUGAUUAUUUUGAAAAUUUUGCUUUAGGUGCUUGAGCCAUGAAAAACAAGAAUGGUCUCCAAAAUGCUUGCCUGCUUUAAGUUUAGAAAUAUUCCAAUUUUGCAAUACCUAUGCCAUCAUCAUACAUAUAGCAGAACAAGUCACCUUGACUGCUAUGCUUCCUCAGGAAUUUCAUA